CACACCACCCUCGUCCCAGCACCAGCUGCAAACUCUGCUCCUCCUUCCUCCCUCCCCCUCGGCUCGGCGGUCCUCCCAGUUCCAAUGCGCCUCUCUGAAUCCGCUAGCAGGCUCGGUUUGCUUCUUGAUUUUUCUCUCACCGAUUUAAGGGAAGGUGUUCCAACGAGAAGAGAGAGCCCGAUGCGGAUGCUUUGCUGAAGAGGCUGGAGCGAGAGGAGGCCCCGUUGUGCGCGUUGGCAAAUACUGCAGUGAAAAUGCCAGGGACAGAUUUGACCUUGGGGUUCGUGUCGGAUUGAAAUUAAAACAAAAAGGAGGAGAGGAGUAAAGGGGGAAAGGUGACCAUCUUGGCAUUCUCUCAGUGGACCACUUUAACUGGCUCAUUUCCUUGUAAGAUGUGCAGCAACCCACCUUCCAACCACGACGAUCAAAGACAAUGUAAAUUCCUAUCAUAUAUGUUUUACCAGGCAGUGAGAGACCGAAAACCUGUGUGGAUGUUGGAAGACAUGAGGACUAUGGAGUCGUUUUACUGGGAAGAGAAUACCAGCCUACGCACUUACUCACCUUCAGAAGCCCUCCUGUACGCGGUGGUGCAUAAUCAUCUCCCCUAUGCCCAGUAUUUGUUAUCCCAUUACCCGGACGAGGCACUCGAGGUACCUGGAGAUCGCUUCUGCUGUUGCCCAUCGUCCGCCCCCCAUCUUGCCAUGGCAGUCAGGUACGACCGCAAGGACAUUCUGGGCCUGAUCCUGAAGAUAACCAAUCAACUGCCAGGCUUUAAAUCGUACAUUAACAGGAAGGGCUGUUUCCACAUAGAGGACGGGAAGACGCCUUUACAUUUAGCUUGCGAGCUCCUGAGGGCGGAGACUGUCCUCAUGUUGCUGGGCAGCGGGGCUUCGCCCAAGAUUGUUGACAGCAAAGGGCUAACUCCUCUGGACGUCAUUUUAGAGCAACUCCGGGUGUCAAAGAUCAACGCCGAAUCCAAAAAGUUAUGUAUCGACCAGCUGCUGCUUUUCAUGUCAAGUCUCCAGUUUAAGAUGAAAAGGGCUUUGGAAGACAACCCGAAUGAAUGGAAUGGGCUUUUGGGAGAAGAGAAAUACAACUACCUCUGUGGGAAAGCACCGGCCACUUUAUUCCUCAUAUCUAUGCAGGGCAUUUUAAAAUGUCUUCCACCGUCAAGAUUUCCAGCGAGCAUCAAAGAAUUGCCCAUACCACAGUCCUUAAAGCCCCUGCCUUUGGGAAUAUCGACAUUCCGCUGUGUGGACAUCCUUUAGCAUUCCUCAAGAUUCUUUGAAUUUUCCCUGAAAGGGAUUUUUUGAACGUGAAUUAACUGUUGCUGUCGGAGCAUGCUGUUGCAUCAAAUACAAAAUAAUCCUCUAAAAAUAAUGCAUGGCGUUGUAAUACUUUUUGAUAGAUUUUAUAGCUUGGUUAUCCCAUAACAUGGUUUAAAAUGCGUUGAAAAUCAGGAGCUUUACAAAGUUAGCAGACAGACUGCGCGCAGAGAAUUGCAGAACAAAAUUGCAAGCCUUGCUAUAUUCGGCUGCUUAAACAAUAAAUUGCCUGAACUUGGUCCGAGAAGAAAAUUGCAACUCAAUUCUAACUAACAGCAUGAUAGGUUCAAUACAGCAGCUGGAUGCAAGCUAUACAUUUCUGCCUAUAUAGUAAGUGAAUUGUGACUGUAGAUACCCUAUGGGAUUUCUGCAAUGCGUUGAUAUAACGAUGCAUAAUGAACGAAAAAUGUGAAGUUUAAUUUUGGCAGA